UCAGCACGAAGAGUUGCUUACUCUGGUGGGCCUGGUGGUACAGGCUUGCUAUCCAGCUGUUUUGGAGGCUGAGGGAGGAGGAUCCAAGUUUAAAGCUAGCCUCAGGAACUUAGAACGACUCUAUUCUAAAAUAGAGUUAUACACACACACACACACACACACACACACACACACACACACACACACACGCUAGGGAUAUAGCUCAGUGGUAGAGCACUGUGUUACUUUACUUAAAUCCAUUGUUCUAGCUUGCUUUUCUGUAGGUAUGGUAAAAACAAAACAAGCAAAAAAACCCUACUGUAACCGCAAGCAACUUAAGGGAGGAGGGGCUUAUUUCAGCUUACAGUUCCGGGCAGUGGUCUGUGGUUGAGGGAAGUCAAUACAGGAACUCAAACAGAUUAGGAACUUGAAGCAGGAACAGAGGAGUACUGCUUGCUAGCUUGUUCAUGGCUGGUCCCCCCUCCCCACUAUCAGUCAUCAAUGACAGUCUCUCACAGGCAUGCCCACAAUCAGGCUAGUCUGAUUGAGGCAGUUCUUGUGUUAUGUUAAGCUAAUAGUGAAAACACACCAGAACAGCCAUGUAGGUUUUUCUAGAACCUGCUCUCUUCCCUGUGAAGAAGCCAGUGGGAGCCAAUACAUGAAUUCACUCUUAAUAAUGUCAGGUCAUUUCCAGGAGCUGCUGCUUCAGGGGGUAUGUGGUCCACCUUCUGAAUUGCUGGAGAUCUCACUUUUGCCAAAUAUUUUGCUGUGUGUAAGGCAGAUCACUGCCUUUCUAGCCCCCAAGAUUAGAUUAUUUCUGUCUGUCUGCUAAAUCUGGGCCACAUAUUGCGUGAUUGUGGUCCUAGCACCUAAUGUAAGACAAUUUGGUAAAUGAGCCUUUCCUUCCACCGAUGCCAUCCACAUAGGCACAUGGAGUCCUAGAUUCUUCAUCUUGAAUCUCUGCCCUGCUGCAGGCCUUCCAAGUCUCCCAUCCCACUAUACCAGGGAGGCUGUUGCACCCUGCGCCUUCCAGCACGGGACUUCAGGCAGGAUACGCCACUUUUGUCCAAUCCUGUCUUGACCAGAGCUAGAUCACAUGGUCUCAUCACAAGAAAAAGCAAAUAUAGUCCAACAGUGAGUCCAGAAAAGGAAGUAGGUUUGUCAGUCUAGACACACAGCAGUGUCUACCUUGUAGGCCAGGCCUUCCUAAAUGGAGAGGCUGAAAAGGCCCAUCAGGGAGAAGGGCACCAGGCAACCUGUCUUAGUACCUAUGAGGAGCACUGCCGAGCACUAGCUAGGAAGAUCUGUCUGAUGUGUCUGUACAUCCUGACUGCAUGCUUAGUGCAUAGCCACCCUGUGCCAGGCAGUGGAUGGAACAAUCCACGUUCUUGGUAGAGCUUUGGACGACCCCUGCCACUGGAAACCUUGUAUGUGGACGCCUGGGGAGGGAGGGAUUUUUGACAUAUAGCUGCUUUGAAUGCCUCUUACAGUCCAUGAUCGGUGCCCUCGACCUGGUUCUUCCCGUGAGCAAGCUCAUGCCAGAUGGAAUGUGUUGGAGGGAGGGAAGGGCAGCCAAGAGCAGGUGUCGUGUCGUAUAGCCGUGGCUCCCUUGGUUGUUUGCAUGUUUUCAUGGGGUGCUAUUGCCCCUCUGAGAGACAUCUAGGGAAGGUAGAUACUCUCGGGCGGCAGAGUCACGGGGCUGAGAGCUGUCAUCUUGGCUGUUUACAACGAUAAGGUGCUGGCCCCAUGUCAUGAACCCCUUCAGUGGCAGCCCAGGGAGGGGCCCAGAACCCCCAUCUUUGCUUUCUUCGUGCUAGGGGUUGUUGAGUCUGACCUGCUGCUGAGGGUGAUUUCAUCUGGUCCUCACUGAAGCCUCAGUGGGACUGCAGUCUGGGCAGAGCACCCAUCCUGCCUGGUCUUUGCUGUACAGAGACCCACCUCUCGAGAACAGCUGCUGUCCCAUGGUGACCCAGCCUUACAGGAAAGGACAUGGGAGCCAAAAUGCAGGACAGGGACAGUGUCUCCAAGAGUGUUUUCUGACCAGAGAGGCCAGACUGGAACAGACCACAGAGGAAAGUUGUGUUAGUCUCUCUUAAAGAUUGUUGGAGUGUUUUAAGUGAGGGGCGUAGAGCAUGCCCACCCAAGCAGGAAGGUAGCCUAGGCACCCCUGCCAGGCUGUUUCAUUGAUAUGCCACACAUUUUAAGCUAAAGGAGUGAGGGCGAGAAAAGGUUAAAUUUCUCAUAUAAGAUUAAUUCAGCCAUCUCUGUGAAAUGGUGGAGGCAGAAUACCAUUAGACUCUAAUCUCAUUUCUCUCAUGCUGUCUUUCUUGGAGCCUAUCAAACAGUGUCCUGGCAGAGAGUCAGCUCUGUGGACGCUGAACAUCAGAGUCAGUCUCUUGCCGAAUGUGCCAGGAGGGCUGUCAUUUAGAAAAUGUAGCUACCUUGUAAGGAAGGAUGAAAAGCUCUGUCUCAGAAGACCUAGGCUGUAGACGUGGGGAUUUCAGUAGGAAACAUUAUGGAUCUGUGGAGCUGCUCAUCUCUAGUGAUGCAGAUGGAGCCAUCCAAAGAGCAGGAAGAUUCCGAGUGGAAAAUGGCUCUACAGAUGAGAACGCAGCUGCUCUGCCAGGCACUUGGCGAAGGACAGACGUGCACUUAGAAAACCCAGAGUACCACACCCGGUGGUAUUUCAAGUACUUUUUAGGACAAGUCCAUCAGAAUUACAUUGGAAAUGAUGCCGAGAAGAGUCCCUUCUUCUUGUCUGUCACACUCUCUGACCAGAAUAACCAGCGUGUCCCUCAGUAUCGUGCGAUUCUGUGGCGGAAAACAGGUACGCAAAAAAUAUGCCUCCCCUACAGUCCCACCAAAACGCUGUCUGUGAAGUCCAUCUUAAGUGCCAUGAACCUGGACAAGUUUGAGAAAGGACCUAGGGAAAUUUUUCAUCCUGAGAUACAAAAGGACUUGCUGGUUCUGGAAGAGCAAGAGGGCUCUGUGAAUUUCAAAUUUGGGGUUCUUUUUGCCAAAGAUGGGCAGCUCACAGACGACGAGAUGUUCAGCAAUGAAAUUGGAAGUGAAGCUUUUCAAAAAUUUUUAAAUCUCCUUGGUGACACCAUUACUCUAAAGGGCUGGACAGGCUACCGUGGCGGUCUGGACACCAAAAAUAACACCACAGGGAUCAACUCGGUCUAUACUGUGUACCAAGGGCAUGAGGUCAUGUUUCACGUUUCCACCAUGUUGCCGUAUUCCAAAGAGAACAGACAACAGGUGGAAAGGAAGCGCCACAUUGGAAACGAUAUUGUCACCAUCGUGUUCCAGGAAGGAGAGGAGUCCUCUCCUGCCUUUAAGCCUUCCAUGAUCCGUUCCCAUUUUACACAUAUUUUUGCCUUAGUGAGGUAUGACCAGCAAAAUGACAACUACAGGCUGAAAAUAUUUUCAGAAGAAAGUGUGCCACUUUUUGGCCCACCCUUGCCCUCCCCUCCGGUGUUUACAGACCACCAGGAAUUCAGGGACUUUUUGCUUGUGAAAUUAAUUAACGGUGAAAAAGCCACUUUGGAAACCCCAACCUUUGCCCAGAAACGCCGGCGUACUCUGGACAUGUUGAUCCGCUCCUUAUACCAGGAUUUGAUGCCGGAUUUGCAUAAGAAUAUGCUCAAUCGGCGAUCUUUCAGUGAUGUUUUACCCGAGUCACCCAAGUCAGCACGGAAGAAAGAGGAGGCCCGCCAGGCCGAGUUUGUUAGAAUAGGGCAGGCCCUGAAGCUCAAGUCCAUUGUGAGAGGGGAUGCCCCAUCAAGCUUGGCAGCAUCAGGAAUAUGUAAAAAGGAGCCUUGGGAGCCCCAAUGUUUCUGCUGUAAUUUCCCUCACGAAGCUGUGUGUGCAGAUCCCUGGGGCCAGGCCUUGCUGGUUUCCACUGAUGCCGGCGUCUUGCUAGUGGAUGAUGACCUCCCAUCCGUGCCCGUGUUUGACAGAACUCUACCCGUGAAGCAGAUCCACGUGCUUGAGACUCUGGACCUUCUGGUUCUCAGAGCAGACAAAGGGAAAGAUGCCCGCCUCUUUGUCUUUCGGCUGAGUGCGGUGCAGAAAGGCCUUGAUGGCAGGCAGACCGGAAGGAGCAGAUCUGACUGCCGAGAAAACAAGUUGGAGAAAACCAAAGGAUGCCACCUAUAUGCUAUUAAUACUCACCACAGCAGAGAACUGAGAAUCGUGGUUGCAAUUCGCAAUAAACUGCUUCUCAUCACAAGGAAACCACACAACAAGCCAAGUGGGGUGCCAGGUACCUCACUCCUGUCCCCGAUGUCGGAGUCUCCUGUUGAGGAAUUCCAGUAUAUCAGGGAAAUCUGUCUGUGUGACUCCCCGGCGGUGAUGGCCUUAGUGGAUGGGCCAACAGAGGAGAGCGACAACCUCAUCUGUGUGGCGUAUCGCCAUCAGUUCGAUGUGGUAAAUGAGAGCACAGGGGAAGCCUUUCGGCUGCACCACGUAGAGGCCAACAAGGUCAAUUUCGUUGCAGCUGUUGAUGUGUAUGAGGACGGAGAAGCCGGCCUGCUCCUCUGCUACAACUACAGUUGCAUCUAUAAAAAGGUUUGCCCCUUUAACGGUGGCUCUUUUUUGCUUCAACCCUCGGCAUCGGAUUUCCAGUUCUGUUGGAACCAGGCUCCAUAUGCAAUUGUCUGCGCCUUCCCAUACCUCCUGGCCUUCACCACCGACUCCAUGGAGAUCCGCUUGGUGGUGAAUGGGAACCUGGUCCACACGGCGGUUGUGCCACAGCUGCAGCUCGUAGCCUCCAGGUCAGAUAUAUACUUCACAGCAGCCACAACUGUGCAUGAGGGCUCAUCUGGAGGCAGCUCAAAGGGGGCCAGUGCACACACAUCUCCUCAGACACCACCGGCCCGGGACACUCCACUGUUUCCUUCUUCCCUGGGGGAAGGUGAAAUUCAGUCUAAAAAUCUGUACAAGAUUCCACUUAGAAACCUUGUGGGCAGAAGCAUCGAGCGACCUCUGAAAUCGCCCUUAGUCUCCAAGGUCAUCACCCCGCCCACCUCCAUCGGCCUUGGAGUCGCCGCCAUUCCUGUCACACAUUCCUUGUCCCUCUCCCGCAUGGAAAUUAAAGAGAUAGCAAGCAGGACCCGCAGGGAGCUGCUAGGCCUCUCUGAUGAUGGUGGGCCCAAGUCAGAAGGAGCACCAAGGGCUAAAUCAAAAACCCGGAAGCGGUUGGAAGAAAGCCAAGGAAGCCCCAAGCCAGAGACUAUGAGGUCAGCUAGCAGUGACAGAUUUCUGAGAACAACUUAAACAUCACCUGGGUAUAUAGGAAGCACCCAAACAUAGCUUCUCAAACAACUGGAGAGACAGCUGACUACCUGGAGAGCCCCUCAUUCCUCGAAACUUUGGAGAAUCAGUCUUUGGCCUUCUAGCCCAGGAUCAUCUAUCUGACAGACCCCUGCAAAACAGAAUUAUUAAGGACUGCUUACCCUGUCUUGGCAGAGCCAACAGUGCACUAUUUUGCAUAAUGUGUCCUUUUCCUGGGCACUGUUUCAUCUGCAGAUCAAACAGGCAAUUUCUGCCCAGUGGCUGCCUUGCCACUUGGAGGGUGUGAAGAUGCCCAAUUCUUCUUUGAACCAAGAAGAGGGUGCUGUGAAGAACAGACAUGUCUCAUUGUCAAAUAAUUAAAUAAUAUUAAAUGUCACAUUCUGUGGAUUUCUGAUGUUUUUGAAGAUUAUAUAUAUAAAGUAAUCUGAAAGUUCAACCUUGACUACUCUCAGCCAUUUCUAACUGAAAUAUAUUGAAAACACCCUUUUAUAAUUCAGUCAGAAUCUAACACAACCAUGAGUUUGCUAUCUGGCCCCUAACUUGUAUUGCUUACUCAACUAAAAACAGUUUGUAACAGCAGUUAUAGAAGGACUGGGUCUAAGCUUUACAUUCUUUUUUUUUUUUUUUUUCGGAGCUGGGGACCGAACCCAGGGCCUUGCGCUUGCUAGGCAAGCGCUCUACCACUGAGCUAAAUCCCCAACCCUAAGCUUUAUAUUCUUAAAUGAGUUGUAUUGAUAUAAGAAAUCCAUACCAAUGAAAACCUUAAACCCCUAUCAAAACAAACUUUGUACCAAUGUAACUUUUUAUCAAAGAUUUAUACCAAUUAAGAUUAUGGCUACACAAUUAAUCCUACCUAUUUCUUCCCUGUUCAAAAUUAUGACCAUUCCUAAAUUAUCCCUUAAAAUGACAACUCUUUUAUUAUUUGUAACAACCAUUACCAGACCCCCAAACCCAGGGAAUUGGGCUGACAACUCUAUAUAACUUCUUUUGGCUGAACAGGGACAACAAAAAACUCUUAGAAAGGGAAGGAAAAUUAGAAAAUUCGGUUAGACUUUAAGAAAGCUAACUUUAGUAUCUGUUAUCCAGUCUCCGCAUGCUUAGAAGGCUCAGGGCUUGACUGAAGUUCUGACUAGAUCCAUUUGAAAGGUUGAACGAGGCAAAGUGACCUGGAAUCCUAGCAGGUCAGUUCAGCAUCUCUGAGGAUAAAUCUCACCAAAGCUGUGUAUUCUGUAGUAGAUAAAUCUCACAACCGAAAUGCUAGUCUCAUUAAGAUAUCCAUAUGGAUUGUGCAGGGUGCACAGAUGAGUUAAAGAUGGUCCUUGUUGGGCUGGGGAUUUAGCUCAGUGGUAGAGCGCUUACCUAGGAAGCGCAAGGCCCUGGGUUCGGUCCCCAGCUCCGAAAAAAAGAACCAAAAAAAAAAAAAAAAAAAAAAAAAAAGAAAAGAUGGUCCUUGUUGAGCAUGUGACAGGCAGCUGUCUUGUUAUGAGUUAAUUUUAUUAAUAACUGGUUAUAAUGAGUCCUCAUUCAUGCCACGUGAAGGAUGGCACAAAGAAUCUUUACCUGCCUUAUUUGAUUCUCUUGCAUUUUUCUAGUUUUUCAGGAGGUCUCCCCCUGUCAUACCUGAUCCAUAUCACUCUAGAAGGGGUCCAGAACCUUUCCUGUCAACACAGAUGCAGAGCCUUUCUCAACACUGUCUCAACACUGUCUCAACACUAGGUUUCACUCUUUGGCCCUGGCUAACCUAGAACCCACUAUAUAGACCAGGCUGGCUUCAGACUCACAGAGAUCUUCCUGCCUAUUUCCCUAACGCUGGGAUUGAAGACAUACACCACCACACCCAGCCCUAGAGAGAAACAUGUAUCUAAUGUAUUCUGAUCAUAGUCACACAGAUGCACACACACAUGCCUGUUACUCUUGCUUGUCCCCCUCCCACUGGUGACUCUGAAGGGACCAUUUUUGGCCCACUAGUUUGAUGAAGAUACACAAAAAUUAAGAUUGCUUAGUGUCUUAGUUAGGGUUUUACUGCCAUGAACAGACACCAUGACCAAGGCAACUCUUACAAGGACAACAUUUAAUUGGGGCUGGCUUACAGUUUGAGAGGUUCAGUUCAUUAUCAUCAAGGUGGGAACAAGACAGCAUCCAGGCAGGCAUGGUGCAGGCGGAACUGAGAGUUCUACAUCUUCAUCUGAGGGCUGAUAGUGGAAGAAUGGCUUCCAGGCAGCAAGGAUGAGGGUCUUAAAGCCCACACUUACUCCAACAAGGCCACACCUUCUAAUAGUGCCACUCCCUAGGCCGAGCAUACACAAACCAUCACACUUAGUGAGAGUUAGAGUUAGGGCCAGACUCUUCCAGAACUGGUGGCCCUGUGAGCAGGGAGAGCCCUUCUGAAAGCAGUGCAGGAUGCACGACUCACAGCCUGCUGCCUGCUGUUUCCUUCAGCAGCAGCGCCUGCGCUCCUUCAGGAGAGGACAGAACACCUGUCCAAGCCGCACUCUUUACUCAGCACUGAGCUGGGGGAGACAGGGAGGGGACCAGGUCUCGUCCACCUGCAGAGGGUCACAGGCAUUCAGCAGCAGGCCAUCCAUCCCUCAUGGCAGAGUGGCAGAUGAUGCAGUGAGGUGUCUGCUAUCUGGGCAGAGAGCCUCCCAUACCCCAGUUACAGAAGCACGAGCCUGCCUGGUCAGAAGAGCCAGCCUCACUCCUGCUUCAGCCUCCUGUGGAGAAACAGAUCUCACCAUAAUGACAUCAUCUCAGCCAGCCAUAGGUGAGCCGUGAAACUUAAAGGGCAGUAAGGGAGCUAGAGAGGACUGUGGGUGAGAGCACGGGCUGCUCUUACAGAGGACAGAAGUUCCCAGCACCCACAUGGCUCUUCACAACCACCUGUAACUCUCGCUUCUGGGCAUCCAAUGCCGCCUUCUGGCAGCAGGCACUCAAAUGGUACAGACAGAUAAAUAACUAUGCAUAAAAAAUAAAUAUUAAAUAUAUUUUUUUCCUUUUCUUUUUUUUUCUUUUUUCUUUUUUUCGGACCUGGGGACCGAACCCAGGGCCUUGCCCUUGCUAGGCAAGCGCUCUACCACUGAGCUAAAUCCCCAACCCCCUAAAUAUAUAUAUAUAUAUAUAUAUAUAUAUAUAUAUAUAUAUUUUUUUUUUUUUUGGUUCUUUUUUUUCGGAGCUGGGGACCGAACCCAGGGCCUUGCGCUUCCUAGGUAAGCGCUCUACCACUGAGCUAAAUCCCCAGCCCCUGUUUUUUUUUUUAAAGAAGAGGGCAUCGGAUCUCCUUACAGAUGGUUGUGAGCCACCAUGUGGUUGCUGGGAAUUGAACUCAGGACCUCUGGAAGAGCAGUCGGGUGCUCUUAACCGCUGAGCCAUCUCUCCAGCCCUAAAUAUAUAUUUUUAAAGCCAGGCUGGGCAUGAUGGCACAUGCUUUAAAACCCAGCAUUCGGCCACAAAGGCAGAUGUCUUUGAGAUCAAGGCCAGUGUGCUCUAAAUAAUCAGUUCUGGGCCAGCCAGAGCUACAAAAUGAGACCCUGUCUCAAAAUAUCAAAAAUUAAAAUAGAGAAUCUUAUUUUUUUUUCCAGAGCU